AUGUUAGAUUUACGCAACUCCUUGAUCCUCACAGCCUACAUCAUCAUCUUCCUCACUGGUCUCCCUGCCAACCUCCUAGCCCUGCGGGCCUUUCUGGGGCGGGUCCGUCAGCCUCACCCUGCCCCUGUCCACAUCCUCCUGCUCAGCCUGACAUUGGCUGACUUGUUGCUUUUGCUGCUGCUCCCCUUCAAGAUCGUCGAGGCUGCUAACGGCCUCCAAUGGAACCUGCCUGAGAUCCUUUGCGCCCUCACUGGCUUCGGCUUCUACAGCAGCAUCUAUUGUAGCACAUGGCUUCUGGCCGGCAUCAGCAUCGAGCGUUACCUGGGAGUGGCUUUCCCCGUGCAAUACAAGCUCUCUCGGAAGCCGAUCUAUGGAGUGAUUGCUGCUCUGGUGGCCUGGAUCAUGUCUUUUGGUCAUUGCACCAUUGUGAUCAUUGUUCAGUACAUAAAACCAGCCGAGCAGGGCAGGAAUGGGAGCGAGUUUGUCUGCUAUGAGAAUUUCACCAAAGAGCAGCAAGAUGUGGUGCUCCCUGUGAGGCUGGAGCUGUGCCUGGUCCUUUUCUUCAUCCCCAUGGCGGUGACCAUCUUCUGCUACUGGCGCUUUGUGUGGAUCAUGCUCACCCAACCCCAUGUGGGGACCCAGAGGCGGCGCCGAGCUGUGGGGCUGGCUGUCGUGACGCUCCUCAAUUUCCUAGUGUGCUUUGGGCCUUACAACGUCUCUCACCUGGUGGGAUAUUAUACUAGAAAAAGUCCCCCGUGGCGCGUGGAAGCUGUGGUAUUCAGUUCACUUAAUGCCACUUUGGAUCCCUUGCUUUUCUAUUUCUCAUCCUCAGCGGUGCGCAGAGCCUUUGGAAACGGGCUGCAGAUGCUCCGGGAUCAGGGCUCAGCAUUGUUGGGUUGUAGAUGCAGAGAGACAGCCGAGGUGACCAAUGGGGACAGGAGUAUGAACCAAACGGAUGGAGUGCCGAGUUCUGACUUUACCACGGACUAG